GUUGCUUAUUCUUUCUGGUCAUCUAUCUGAUCUCCAGUAACGAGCCAGCGUAGGUGGCAGUUGUUGAUGAAUGUGUGUAGUUUGUUGGAAAUCCCUUUCGUAACGCACCAAGUCUCUCAACCAUACAAAAGCAUUGACUUGACGUUGAUGUUGAUGUUGAAAAUCCGAAUGUUGUUCACGCUUUAUGCUGAGUGCAGUGCAGUGCAGUGCAGUAGAUCUCCACACCGGUUUCAGGCUAAUCAACGCCUCUCGUGCUUUUCCGAUCCUUGCUUUGACAUCCUCAUCUGUGCCUCCGCCUGUAGUUGAAACGAUGCUGCUUAGGUAGGUGUAGGUGAAUGAGGCUACUUCCUUUAAGUUUCUCCCGUUGAUGGUGAUUGCAGCUUGUUGUUGUUGUUGCUGGUUGAGUAUCUUCAUCACCUCCGUCUUCUCUACUUCCACUUGAAGUCCUGUCUUCGCUGCCCUGCCUCGCCUCUUCUGUCAAAUUGUUGAAUUUUGCCUGUAGAUCUUCGAGUUUGUGUGACAUUAGACACAAGUCAUCGGAGAAAUCCAAAUCUUCUUCUGGGAUCUUUUCC